GUUUGGUUUCCAGAGCGACCGUUAAAAGUUGAAAUAAAUAUUUCAAAUUUCUAACAAGUGUUGCCAAGUGCCAAGUGCCAAGUGCUUUGGUGCCCCAAGCCAAGUGAACAUCAAAUACAACGCGUAUCUCGUGUGGCAAACACACCCAAAAAUAGUACACAGAGAGUGCAUUUUGGCAAAUUCUAAAAAAGAUUAGAAAACAAAAAAAAAAAAAACACAACAAAAUGGCCUGCUCCACAAAGCUACUCAAGUUAUUCGCACUGUUCUGGGAUAUAAUCUAUGUGCUCUUUGGUCUGAUUGUCAUUGGCCUGGGCGUGCAUAUAUUCUUCAAAUUCGAGCAUUUCGAUACAGCCGCUUUCGUCAUCUUCGUCUCUGGCAUCAUCAUAGUGCUGGCCUCCCUCUUUGGCACCCUGGGCGCUGUACGUGAAAGCAGUCGCAUGUCCAAGUCGUUUGUGGCCAUUGUGGUUGUGCUCAUCAUUCUGCAAGUGCUGACAGUGGGCUUCUUUUGGCUGUUCCAAACAUCGCUGCUCAUCAAUGUGGACAAGACCUUCGAUCAGCUGUGGCACGAUCAGCCGGUGCCUGUCAAGCCCGGCAAUGUCAGCCAAAUCGCGAGCAUUGAACGUUGGCUCGACUGUUGCGGCAAUGUCAGUUAUAAGGACUAUUUGCUGCCCCCGAAUAGCUGCUACAAUAGCAAUACGAACAAACUAAACAUGGAGGGCUGUCGUCAGAAGUUUUUGGACUACAUUGCCGAACGCUGGACAGCAUUCAAUAUAUUUGCGCUGGUUCUGGUUGGCGUCGAGAUCAUUUGCGCACUGCUCGCCUAUGUGCUGGCCCACAGCAUUGUGAAUCGUUGGAGACGCUCCAAAUAUUUUCCAAAAUAAUUGAACAUGUAUUCAGCACACAUCAUAAUGCGCAUACUCAAGGCCAAAGAAUUCUCAAUACUGUGCAAAUACUUACACUGUACUACACAGCACUAAACCACACUACACUAAGCAAUCGAAUUUCCAGUCUAAAUAUUGCGGCGUUUGCUAGUCUACCUCAUGUUCAUCCAAUCAAGAAAAAUAAAUGAAGAAAAUAAACGAUUCCGUUUCAAGAGCUCAACAACAGGUGCCAAAAGCAGUGUUCAAGCCGAUUUCGAUGUCUAUAUAUAUAUAUAUAUAUCUAUAUUUAUAUACAUAUAUAUCGUAAAAUAUUUAUAUGCAUGUUUUUAUUUGUAUAAGUUUGUCACAAAUGUUUCAUUCUCUUUGAUUUUCACUCAAAGCGCUACACAGUGCCUACGAUAAGUAAUUUGUAACAUUUCAAGCAAUAAAAUAGAAUGUGUCGAUUUUGUAUUA